CAGAAUCCACAAGGUGUGACCACCCCCAUUAACACAGCGCAAAACGCAUCCAACAUCGCUCUGCUCUACCCGGCUCCCUGCGUCGUCAUGGCUGUUCCCUACAAUACAAACCCCGAUUCCUUCCCGGAAGCAAUGUGGGUGCAGAUGCCCGAUCGCACCUCCAAGCAGCCAGUACUGCUCCCAGUGGUCCGCAUGGGCUGUGACACGGCGCUGGUGGUGGUUCCUCCGAAGAACCGCACGGGAGGCUCUGUGAGCGUGAUGCCCGUGAAGACGUCGCCUGCGCCCAGUCGAGGAAGCGCUGUGGGAGUGUGUUUUGUUUGUGCCAAACAAGAGAAAGGAUUCAGAGAGAGUUAG